GGAACUGCCAGGAUGGGACAACAUGGAACGGAGAAGAGUGUGUCUGUCCCCAAGGAUACUUUGGUUACCAGUGCCUGACCCCCUUGGAAUCCUUCUUAAUAGAGGUCCCGGGAAAGAUCAACGCCACUUUAGGUGUGAUAGUGAAAGUGUUGUACAGGAUUUUCACGGAAGACCUGAAUAACACAGCUUCCGAGGCAUACUCGAAUUUUGUUGAACUAUUCAAGAAAGAGAUGGAUAACAUUUACUCAGGUGACGACCUUCCUGAGUAUAAAGGUGUCAUCGUAAGGGAACUUUCCAACGGCAGCAUUGUGGUGAAAUAUGACGUCGUCCUGGAGGCAAACUACACUGCACAGUAUAGGGAACUGUUUGCAAACCUCGUUGAUAUUGCAACAGCCAAGAUUGUGACUGCAACCAAAACUAUUCCUGAUGCUAUUGACUUGUGCCAAGAAUCCAUACUGUGCUACAGUGAGAACGACACUUCCGUGGAUAAGGCCGUGCAGCUAGGCUUCGACUUCCAGGAGCAAUGCACCCAGAAUGCUGCCGAGGAGUUUGCGCAGUUCUACUAUGUGGAUGUACUGAAUGGGGAGCUGGCCUGUGUGACCAACUGCACCUCAGGGACACAGUCGCAACUGGACUGUCACGGGGGUGCAUGCCAGCUGCAGCGCAGCGGCCCCCGCUGCCUGUGCCCGAAAUCGAACACGCACUGGUACUGGGGAGAGACCUGUGAGUUUAGCACCAGCAAGAGCCUCGUGUACGGGGUUGUGGGGGCCGUGGUGGCCGUGCUGUUGGUCGCAGUGGUCGUCCUGAUUGUCUUCCUUGGCCUAUCCCAGAGAAAACUGCACAGGCAGAAGUACGAUGCGUCUCCAGACUGGAAAAGAGAAGAUGUUGCUGGCACCUUCCAGAACACAGACAUCUGGGAAGAGGACAAUCUGAAGGAGGACAGAUAUAGCCUUGAGAACACCUACAGACACUUCCAGCCCUCCCUGGGGACCAUAGAUCCUGCCACAGAGCUCCACAUCAACAGGCCCAAAGUGGUGAUGCCCACUCGGUGAGGCAGCAGGGCC